AUGUCUUCUGCAAACCUAUCCAGCCAGACAGGCGUGGAUGGUUCUUCCCCCGAGAAAAACGUGGAGGCUGCUCCUAGUCUUGAACAGACAUAUAUGGAAGGUGGACUGGGUCGCGAGGACGCAGUUUUCCUUGCCAGCUUUCCAGAAGAUAUGCGGACAAAAUGUAUUCGGAAGAUUGAUUGGCGCCUCUGCCCUGUGUUGAUGCUGCUUUAUCUUUUUUCAUAUAUUGAUCGAGCAAACAUUGGAAAUGCUAAAAUUGAAGGCCUGCUGCCUGAUUUGAAUAUGACAGGUAGGCAAUAUAAUGUUGCCUUGGCGAUCUUCUUUGUACCCUACGUCCUAUUUGAGGUUCCCAGUAAUGUUCUAAUUGCUAAGUUUAAUAAACCAUCAGUUUAUUUGGCAAUUUUGGUGCUUUGCUGGGGUAUUGUUGUUACCCUAACUGGGGUUGUCCAAAGCUUUGCAGGACUCUGUGUUGUGCGUGUCCUUUUAGGCAUCUUUGAAGCUGGAUUCUUUCCUGGAGCCGUGUGGCUUACUACUCAGUGGUAUCUGCCACAUGAACUUCAAACCAGGAUAGCAAUAUUCUACACUGCAAGUGCACUUUCGGGUGCAUUUUCCGGUCUUUUGGCAUUUGUCCUGGCCAAGAUGGAUGGGGUUGGUGGGUAUGCCGGCUGGAGAUGGAUUUUUAUCAUUGAAGGACUUGCAACCGUGCUCCUAGCAGGUGUCUGUUACUGGUGUCUAGUGGACUCGCCCGAGCUUUCUAGUAGAUGGCUAGAGCCCCAGGAGAUCCGAUAUCUAGCAUUGCGGAAACAAGCGCAGAGAGGACGUCUCGUGCUUGAUGACCAUGCCGGCAAAUUUGACUGGAACUCGCUCUUCAAGGUCUUUACUGACUGGCAUAUAUACUUGCAGGUCCUUAACUUCUGGUCUAAUGUUAUUCCCAAUUACGGCCUGAAGUUCACUCUUCCCCAAAUUAUGACAAACAUGGGGUACACUUCUGCGAACGCUCAGCUGCUCUCAAUUCCCCCCUAUAUAGGCGGGGCAUUAUCUGCCUAUCUCUUUGGCUUGGCUGCUGAUAAAUUAAAAUGGCGUAUGCCGAUUAUUAUUACCAGCCAAGCUUUAGUUAUUAUUGCUUUCUGCAUCCUAUUCUCACUGGCAGAAGAUAUCCGAAAUAAUAUUCCAGCCUGUUAUUUCGCCGUUGUUCUUGCUUGCAUUGGCCUAUACCCAAUUAUCCCCGGGGCCAACGCGUGGACAGCCAACAAUCUUGCAGGAGCACGGAAACAAAGCAUGGGUAUUGCAUUUGUACUUAGUAUUGCUAAUUCAGGUGGGCUUGUUGGUUCCUUUAUCUAUCUUGAGCACGAGGCCCCGAGAUAUCCUACUGGGUUUGGCAGCUCCUUUGCCUUUGCAGCGGCAGGCAUCGUGGCCAGUGUCAUUCUGGAACUGAGAUUCUGGUAUGUUAAUAAACGGAACGCAAGGACUAGCAGGGAAGAAAUUCACCAGAAAUAUACUGCUGAGGAAUUGCAACUUAUGGGGGAUCGGUCGCCGCUAUUUAAGUACAUACUGUGA